AGGAAAGGGGGGGUGGGAAACACAGCGACAGGAGAGAAAAAAAAAAAACCAUUUCCUCUGCUCCGAGAGAGACAGUUAGGAAAUAAAUUAUCAAAAUCCCAUGCCAAAAAUAUAUAUAUCCGUAAAACAAAAACUUCCUAUCAGCUGCUGCCUCCCCAUCCCCUCUCUCUGUGAGACUUGCUUUGCUUGCACACACACGCUAUUGAGCUCUCACUGAGCGUUCAUCUUCCAACAGCCGCAGGGAGAAACUCUGAUUUCUUCUCCUCAAGUUCACUUUCUCCCUUGAAGUCUGUAGUCUUCAGUUUUGAAUUCACCUUCAAUAUGGAAAGUUUUGCCCCUCUGCUUCUUAAGUGACUUCUACUUGACACCCACCUUGGUUGGGACUAAGAGGAGCCACAUCUGGAACACAUCUGUCUUCUUUGAGCGUGGGAAGGCGAGAGUCUGAUUUCCACCAUUCGUGGGGGCUCCUUUGCUUGGUGGGGUCCAGACGGGAAUGCUGUUGCAUCUCCAAGUGCCGGAGGUGGGGGUUGCCUUGCAGGAGUGUGGAUAGAGUGGAGACAGAAACUUUUUGGGAUUCCUUGCUUCAGAUCUCCUUUUUCAUGGGACUGCCAAGCCGGCGCGGCUGGCUGUGCCAUUUCUGGGGGGCUUCUACCUCCCAAAAUGAGCGGAGAUGUCCUCUAGCUGCUCCUGACCCUGUGCGGUGCAGAAGGGCUCAUCCUGUUUAAGCGGAGGUCCAGUGGCAGCAGGCAAUGGGCAUGCAAAAACUUGUGGCUGCGGCUGUGGCGGUAGCAUUGGUAUCGCUUAUUCUCAACAAUGUGGCUGCCUUCACACCAAACUGGGUAUACCAAACGAUGGAGGAAGGGCGCAAGCGCAGCGUUGGUCUUUGGAAAAUGUGUUUGGCCGGUAGAGGAUUAAACACCAGGCCAGGACAAGGAGAUGAAAGGGUGUGCCAAUCUAUUGGUUGGGGGUCAGAACCAUCUGGCUUGCAAGAAUCCCGGAACACGGUCAAGUUGCAGUUUGACAUGAUGAGGGCAUGUAAUCUGAUUGCUACGGUUGCUCUGACUGCUGGGCAGCUCAUCUUCCUCAUGGGUCUAGUGGAGCUGCCCAUCAUUACCCAAGACUCUCAGUGGUGGGAAGAAGCCAUAGCUGCUGUCUUUCAACUUGCAAGUUUUGUUCUGGUCAUAGGUCUGGUGACCUUCUACCGAAUUGGACCCCACACGACCUUAUCCUGGUCCUGCUACCUAGAUAUUGGUGCUUGCCUACUGGCAACUUUGGCCGCUGCUAUCCUGAUUUGGAACAUCCUCCACCGGCGGGAAGACUGUAUGGCACCUCGAGUCAUUGUCAUCAGCCGUACACUCACUAACCGCUUCCGCAGGGGCCUGGACAAUGAUUAUGUUGAAUCUCCCUGCUGAUGAGGGCACAGAGAGGGGACACCAUUGAUAGUCUUCAUAUGGUAUACGGAUCGACGCCUUUCUCAAUUCAGCAAGUGGUGUAAAUCCAUACGUAUUAAAUGCAUACAUAUGUAUCACACCAUUUAUUCACUUACAGAGGGCCUCUUCUAUUAUUAUGGACAUCUCACAAUGUGUAUGGAUACAAUAUGGAGAACCUACCAUGGUUAUACAUCACUGUGUUUAUAAGGUGCUACAAGAAGGUGGCUGCAGAUUCUGACCUUUCUUGUGUUGGACCUUUCAUGAGACCAUGAUGCUUCACUGUGCUUGCACCGGUGCAACGCAGCACUUUUUUUUUUUUUUUACCUACGAGUCCGAAACUUAAAAUAUUCCAGGACCAAAGUGCUUAGGAUUCUCCAUUUAUGAAACUAGUCAGCAAUUAACUGAAAACCAAAAGGUCAUUCUCCUUAUGAUGCAUUGAAGGAUCUGCAUACUGAGCAAAGAAAGAUUUCACAAGUGACCUAUUUUAUAUCCUAUUAAUGUAUUAAAAUAACCAAUAGCAGCAUAUUUUUAUGUUUUGUUAUUUAUCACCAUUUUGCA